AUGCCUAUGUCUUCUCUCCCAGCAGCCAUUUUAUCUCAAAUGAUAGCUGUAAACAAUGUGUCUCCUCCUCCACUUCUCAGUAUUCCAAGCUUGCAAAUGCCUAAGAACAUUGAUUAUCCUCAGCUGAAUACAUUAUGCCACAUGAGAGGAAUACAAUACAGUAGAUCCUUGACCAAUAUCCUAUCAGCACACAAUAUAUUUAUGAAGCAAUAUCCUAAAAUAUUCUUGCAGAAUAAAACCAGACUACCUAAACUUUUCAAAGAGGAAGGAAAAAGAUAAUGAUCCAGAGGAAAAUCAGAAAGUAAACCCCAACAACCUGAUGAUUCUCACAACAUAUCUAUCCAUGUUAAAAAAGCACGUGGUGGCCAUACUUUAUAUGGACCAAAAAAAUCUGAAGAGAAGUUAGUAGAAUUCAUGGCUAUCUUAAAGAAAUUGCCCAUUCACAGGAUGCUAUUUGAACACAACGCUGUGUGGAAGAUGCUGAGAACAAUUCCAGAUUUAACCUCUCAUCUAAUUGAUGAGCAUCUGAAAACACUUAGUAAGAAUGUCAUUUCUGAAACCUGGGUAAAAAGAAGCACAUUGAUAGGAAAUGAUGGAUUUUAUAUGAUACUGAAAGGCCUAGCUUGACCACGAACACAGAUAUAUAAAAAUCUGAUUGAAGAAAAUGAGUCUACAACCUCUUUCAUACCUCAGAGUUUCCACAGCUUUGUUUUCAGUGAAGACUUCAGAAACUCUAUACUGGCAGAGACGCACAUACCUUCAAUGGACCCAAUGCUUGGACAAUGGAGUACCUUUGGAACCCUGGAAGUUACAGCUCAGACUGAAUCAUAAACAAAGGCGUUCUCAGUGGUGGCAGAAGAAGAUUGUGAAAUCCUUAUAAUCCCUGCAAAGAAUUAUGCAAAGUUGAAAUCGGAAAAAACAAAACUGAAAAAUAAAAAUAAGGUGAAAUUAAUCUGUAAGUGUCCAUAUUAUACAGAGUGGCCUACUUUAUCCAUAUAUGAGCUAGUUACACUCACUUAAUGGAAAAAAUUUCCUCCAGGUCAUGUGCUUGUUGAUAGUGGAAAUAUAAUCUCUUUUGUGGCUUAUAUUAAUUCUGGAUAUUGUAAGAUUUGCAGAAGUAUUGUAGGACUUUCAAAACCACAAUCAAGAAAAGUGAAAAAAAAUACGAAACUUGUGUAUAUGGGUCAACUUAAGGAGAAGGAGUCUUUUGGUGAGAUUAGUGUUCUUCAAGUUCCUUUCACAUACACAAUAGUUACUGGAAUAGAUGUUGAGAUGGCAAUUAUUGAAGAUAAGGACCUACUUGAAUAUAUUAGCAAUAUUUUAAAAGACUGA